AUGGGUAUCAGCAAAACUCGCAAGCGUGUUGCGCAGGCUUGUCAACGAUGUCGCCAGCGAAAGUUCAAAUGCGACGGACAGCGGCCGGGGUGUUCAACAUGCCUACAAGCGAAUUCCAUGUGCACAUAUGAGCCUCACACGAGAAGACGCGGCUUACCCGAAGGCUAUGUCCGAGGGUUAGAGCUUCUGACCAGCUUGGCAAUACAUUACAUUGACGACUUUGAGGAACGCCUUCUAUCGCGAUUAUUGCAGAGGGGCAGAGAGAAUUCCUUUCAAUGGCAGUCUAAUUUCGAAAAUCUUCUCGACGAAUGGAGAAAUAGCAAGCUAUCAGUUGAGCUCGAAGAUUUGCUGCCUUUUUUACCCUCUCCCAAAUCGAAUACUUCGAAGCGAAAGCUGGAAGAUAGGCAACCUCCGCCUGAUAGCCCAAGGCGUUUUUGGGCUCGCAGAUCAACCCCUCAGCUCCCAGAUCAGAAUAAUACUUCCGGGCAGCCCGAAGAGGAGCAAGAAUCUACUCACCCGGUUGGCCCUCGAGUUCGAAGUCAAUCGGCGGAACAGACUAUGUUAGAAGAUCGACCUCCUGCGGAGUCAACUACGAUGGCUCCCCGACAACGACAGGUUUCAGCGACUACAAGUGAGCUCAAUAUGACAAGCCAACUAAGUGGUUUGAUACAAAUAUACUUCUCUCAGACUCAUUGUUGGUUUCCAAUUGUGGAAAAAGGUAAUGUUAUGCGUUCAUCGUAUUAUUUCCCUGAUGACAAGCAGGAAAACAAUGAAACGCCCGGAUCUAUAGCCCUAAUAUGGGCUAUAGCUGCUUUGACGAUAUCCCAGCUUAUGAAGUCCGGUCGUCUUGCUGAAUUUCUUGGAUCUGAAACUGUGCCUCAGCAUGUUGUCACAUGCUACUAUAUGAAAGCUCGGGAGAUGAUCCCAUCUGAGAAUGGACCUUUUGAGAUUGAACAUGUUCAGUCUCUGCUCAUUUUGAGUCUGAUAAAGAUAGACCAAUCUGCAUGGUCUCCAGCCUGGCUACUUAUUGGGGAGGCUGUACGCAUAGCGUUGGAUUUAGAAAUAACCCCACGCAGCUCCGGGGGAGAUCAAAGCUUCUGGCCACGACGGACCACAGUGCUGGAAGGUCGAACGUCUCUCGGAUGCUUUGUACUAGACACUUUGAUCGCUUUUCAUCUUUGCCGGCCGCCGCACCUCCGAGCAGAGGACGUCAAUCCAAUGACUAAUGCUGACGAGGAUGGUCUAGAUGAGUGGGACCAAUGGUAUGAUCCUCUCAACACAGAGCGCCCGCUCCAGCGCCCAUAUUUUCCACUUUUUACAAUCAGCACUUUUAAUCGACUUGUCAAAAUAUGCAAAGUGCUGAGUUUGAUAUCAACCGCAAGGACUCAUGGCAGGUUGGCCUCUCAUAAAGAGGCCAUGGAAGGUCUCCAAGUGGGAAACAAGGCUCAUCCCCUUGAUAUCAUUUUAAGAGAGCCCGGAACAUCGAACCUGCCGGAGGAUAAAAUGCUACCGAAUCAUUAUCACUUGAGGCUAGUUUACCUGGUCGCUUUUGCCGAACUGGGUUCUCGCUCAUCUCAAUUUGUGGGAAAUGAGGGGCCGUCUUCUCCAUCAUUUCCAAUUUCAGCCUGUAUUGCUGAAAUUGAGUUGACGAUCGAAAAGUUAAAAAGCAGCUUUGAUGUUUAUGCAACAGCGCCAACUGUAUCCCUGAUUGCUGCCAUCGUGUCGAAGAAAAGAUCGACCCUCAAUAUUGGCGAUAAUGGCAUUGUACCACAGAUAUCGGCUACUCGUGAACUUGCGCUGGCUGAGGGUCAUAUCAUAACAGGGCAGAAUGCCGAGAGCCCCCAAGAUAUGAGACAACGAACUCCGAAGCUUGGUCAGAUCCUCAGGCCUGGGCUUCAAGAACCCGAACCUGGAACUGACGCUUCCCCUGACCUGAAUCCUGAGGUAGAGAACUUCAAACCAAUGGUAGAUAGCAAUUCUGUCUUCAAUGAAUUUGUCACCAUUGAUACAUCUGAAUGGUAUGGCAAGAACUCAAUCAUUUAA